AUGGAACCCGGGCAGUCUGAAGCUAAACGCCCUCGUUUCAACAAUCCUCCCUCGCCAUGGCCUCCUUCAGCACAUCAAGAGGCUCGACCUGUGCUACCCCCACCUCAACCAUCACAACAUCACCAGCCCGCGCUGUCGCCGUAUCAGUCUCACAACCUGUAUAACCGCCAGCAUCCAGAGCACCCGCCUCACCCAGGCCAUCACCACCCCGAGGAACGUCGCCAUCAUGAGCAAGACGCCUACCCGCCUUCACUGCCGCCGCCGCCCUUGCAGGACCACCGACCUCCUCACUCGCCGGCGCAUCCAGCCUUUCCACCUUACCCUCGCAGAGAGUCCAUCGUGAAGAGGGAGAACGGCGACGACGCCUCUCUGCCCCAGAUGCGCCGCCCAAACUCCACGGGUACCGCGCCUGAUGGCAUGCCACCUCACUCACACCCUCCUCCCUACCCAGGAGCACAUAUGGACGAUCACAGAAGACCGACUAGCUUUGAUAAUGGAGGCUCCAUUCCACCAUCGCCCAUAUACCGACCACCGCAGCCACCAUAUGCACCUCCUACACCUAUCCAGCAUAAUCAGUACGAUGCGUCACCGUCAGGCUACGGCCCUCCAUCGUCCGUCCCGGAUAUGUACCCAAAUAUUGCCAUUACCAGCGCAAAGCGGAAAGCCCAACGGGCAUCCCAAGCAUGUGACAAUUGCAGACAAUUGAAAGCCAAAUGCGACGAGCAACGUCCAUGUAAAAACUGCAAGGACAAGUCCUUGCAGUGCGUCUACCGAGAUUUGCCUACUAAACAGCCAGACAAGGUUAGCGCCGACAUUUUGGAAUUAAUGAGUUCUUUGAAGAGCGAAAUAGUCAACCUCGGUCAACGCAUUACGAGCCUGGAACAUUCAAUUAACACCAAUUCGAAUCAUUCAUCGGACACCAAGGUGGAAUCCAUUGAGGGUGAUCAGCAUCCAAACGAUUACGGUCUGUCCGCGCAGGAAUCGAAAAAUGCCACCGAAGACGAGCAGCAGUCCUCUCCCAGGAGGAACAGUGAUGAUCCGGACAAGAAGCAAAUGGUCCAACACGCGGCAAAGGUUAUUGAAGAAAUGGACCAGGACGAUAUUGAAAGCAACCCAGGACCACCAAUUAUGCCAGGAGCGCCAUCUUUGCCUACAAACCACACCACAUUGGCCGCAUUGCUACUCAAGUGGCCAUCAAUUGAGGGUCUUGUGAAACCCGUUCUCAAAAGGGAGGGCAUCCAUCAUAUUAACGAAUUCCCAAUCAGCCAAGAGCAACAACGUGGUGUUCUGCGUGUCUGGGGCAGAGGAGAAGGCUACAUAUUAAGCAACGCCAAACAUGAGAGCAAGUUUGGCCAAGUGAUAACCGAUGUAACUCAGGUUGACGACUCGCCUGGCGACACUGCACACUCGGCACCAUCUCCCUACUCCGAACGUGAAGGUUGGACCGAUCGUGAAGCUUGGGGUACAGUCGGGGGCGGCCCCACCUCCACAGUCGAAAUACACAAGGGCGGCGUGCUCUAUGCCGAUGGGACCCCAGAUUUUGACCGCGCCACUGUCAAGCAAUACGUCCAAAGCUUCAAGGACAAUGUGCUCAAUAUGCACCCCAUUCUCAUCCCGACACAGCUCGAUGCCAUGGUGACAAUGUUCCUUGAUUCUCUGCCACAGUCCACCAAAUCUGCGUACAAAUCUGGUGCCAAAUUUGUGCAGAGUGUCGGAUCAAGCGCGACGCCACUUGGCCCGGAGCCGGGCUCCAAAAGGAAGCGGUCGCCUGCUGUGGAGGAGCCGAAUAUUCACAUUCACAGAACCGGGGUGCCUGUGUCGAGGAGUAUUCACAGCGCUCUCGUGCUGUCUGUCUUGGCUUUGGGGAAAAUAUGCCUGCACAAGACAAGAAUACCCGAACCGGUGUCGGAUUCUGACGGUGCGGUCUAUCACAACUCCCCACAUGUGCGCAACGGUGGGCCAGUCUCUUCUCCUUCCCAAGGAUCGCCACCAGGACCACUCCCAAUUCAAGCGUCAGGCCUCCCGUCGCCAAAGGACUACAAUGAUCGGAACAUGGCUAGCCGCCGGGCCUCGCUUCAGGGUUCUAAUGCAACACUGAGAGGUCAAAACUACAAGCGCAACAUUGACGUCAUUCCCGGCCUGGAAUAUUUUGCUCUCGCCGGAGAUAUACUAGGCAGUCAAAUUUCUGGCUACACUUUAAAGCACGUCUACGUGGAACUAUUCAUGGGCUUGUACCAUGGACAACUUGGUCGUGUGAUAGAGAGCUGGUCGUACAUUGCUAGUGCAGGCAGGACUUUGCAGGUAGUCCUUCGACCGAGCCUUUCGCGGUUGAAUGAUCUUAGAGCGAACGGCCGUUUUCCGUAUUCAACGCGAGAUAAUCAGCUGGCCUUUGCGUUCUGGACCUGCCUUCAACUUGAAAGUGAUAUUCUGGCUGAGCUGCAAUUGCCCCACUCGGGUAUUUUGAUGUACGAAGAGGCAAUUCCCUUUCCAAACCUCUCGACACAAAUGAACAAUGGCUACAGCCAAGAUAUUCUCACGAGCUACCAAGCACAGCUUUGGGUGCGAAAGCAAUUGAACCAAGUGCACCAUCAGCUCUAUAGCCUUGAUCUGCCAGAUGGUGGACCCGCAAUGCAGGCAAAAACGGAGGAUCUGAAACGAGUGCUGGCCAAGUCAGAAUGGGUGCCGAAAGAGUUCAUGUUCGAAGACAGCGACAUGCCAGCAAACGACUUCCUCGCAGCCCGACUCCGUGCGAAGUAUUGGGGAUCUCAAGUCAUUCUUUACAGGCCAUACAUUCGCAUUUGCCUCCACACCCCUCGCGGCGAUGGUUCGUCGUCUGUCCACAAGAUUGACGAUAAACAGGGCUUCCACGUGCCUCCUGGCAUGAACGCUCAAGCUCUGAACUAUGCUCGUUUGGGCAUAUCCGCGCUAAUACAAAGCACAAAGGCAUUCCACGGGCUUGAGAAGGGCCACCGCAUCCUAGUCACCAAUGUUUUCACAACGGCUCAUGCGCAAUGGGGUAAUUUACUGGUCCUAUCUGCUUGCUAUGUAGAUGAGGUUCUCCGGCAGUUCAUCGACCGGCAUGAGCUGCAAGAGCUAUUUCUCCGUACGAUGGACUUUUUCAGAAUCAUUGCACAGUCGACCAGCCCCCUGAAAAUUGACUUGAAUAUCCUCGAAUGGCUUUACGAGCAGCUGAGAUUUCCCCCCACCGACCACGAAUCAGGCACAAGCUCGAGCGUUUCCAGCAUGAACAGCUCCGCACAUGCUGCUACUGGACCACAUUAUCCAGCAAUCCAGAAUAUGCUACCACCACCCUAUAACAGCUCGUAA